CACCCGUGGCAGGAACUAGGACUGCAAUCCGAGCUGCAAGUUAUAUGGAAACUGCUUUGGAUCUCUUGGAGAAGAAAAUACAAAAUAAGCAUCUGGGACCAUUGAAUAUUACAGAUAUCUUAAACAGACAGCAGAAAGAUACACUCUUCAGAAUAACUGGCUGCGAUUAUGUGAUCCAGCCAAUCCGUUGUCCGCUGAACAGCCCUUACCGGACCAUCACUGGCGAAUGUAACAAUCGGGAGCACCCACAUUUUGGAGUAGCCAACCAUGCCUAUGCACGCUGGCUUCCAGCAGAAUAUGAAGAUGGCAUAUCCCUUCCAAGAGGACUAAUUGUGGGGCAACUUUAUCAUGGACAUCCUCUCCCUCUGGUCCGGCUAGUGUCUAAUGAGAUCAUCACAACUUCCAAUGAGAAUGUGACUCCUGAUGACCAACGCUCUCUUGUAUUCAUGCAUUUUGGGCAAUGGAUUGACCAUGACUUGGACUUAGCUCCUGAGAGCCCAACCAACAUAGAUAAUAGGAAUGUCCACUGUGAUUCUUGCUGCAGUUAUAGACCCCCUUACUUUCCAAUUAAGAUCCCCCCUGGAGAUCCACGGAUUAAGACUCCAGGCAUCUGUCUGCCAUUCGUUAGGACAGCUGCAGUGUGCAACCCCACAACAUUUGUCCGUGAGCAGCUCAAUUCAAUCACCUCAUUCAUAGAUGCCAGUGCGGUGUAUGGGAGUGAAGAGCCUCUAGCAAGGAGUUUGAGGAACCAAACCAACUCACUUGGUCUCAUGGCAAUCAAUCAGAACUUCACCGAUGGUGGACUGUCCCUUCUGCCUUUUGAGAUCAAUUCCAAUAGCCUCUGUUUUCAUACAAAUAAAACUGCCAAAAUCCCAUGUUUUAAAGCAGGAGAUGCAAGGGUCGAUGAAAACCUGGGACUGAUAGCUAUUCACACUCUCUUUCUUCGGGAGCACAACCGGAUAGCCGGGGAACUGAAGGAGUUGAAUCCCCAUUGGAAUGGAGAGCGGCUCUAUCAAGAAACACGGAAGAUCAUUGGUGCUUUCAAUCAGGUAUUGAAUGUUCUCAAAGAUUAUCUACCUCUGCUUCUGGGCAACGAAUUCUUUAAACGGUUACCUGCAUACAGAGGCUACAAUAAGAAUGUGGACCCCUCCAUUUCAAAUGUUUUCUCCUUGGCCUUCCGAUUUGGGCAUGGUUCUGUCCCACCCUUUGUACCCCGCCUGGAUGAGAAAUUCCAGAACUCUCUUCCCUUUUCCAAGACUCCACUUCAUCUCACUUUUAUGGCUCCAUGGAGGAUUGUGGCGGAAGGUGGCAUUGAUCCCAUUGUCCGUGGCUUCAUGGCAGACUAUCCCAAGCUGCUGAGGCAGGACCAGAUGAUGGUUGAGGAGCUUCAGGAACGGCUCUUUGAACAAUUGGAACAUAUUGGUCUUGAUCUAUCAGCUCUCAACCUGCAGAGGGGACGAGACCAUGGUUUGCCAGGGUACAAUGCCUGGAGACGUUUUUGUGGCCUCUCUGCUCCCAGCAACGAAGCCCAGCUUGCUGUAGUCCUUCGCAAUCAUAAACUGGCAAAGCAGUUCAUCAAGCUUUAUGGGACACCUGAAAAUAUUGAUAUCUGGAUUGGAGCCAUGGCUGAGCCCUUUGUCCCAAACGGGAGAGUGGGACCUCUCAUGGCCUGUCUCAUUGGAAUUCAGUUUAGAAAACUCAGAGAUGGAGACAGAUAUUGGUGGGAGAACCGUGAAGUCUUUACCUCAUGGCAGCGCCGGGCUCUGAGAAGUGAUUCAUUUUCCCGUAUCAUUUGUGACAACACAAACAUCAAAGAAGUGUCCAGAGACAUUUUCAAAAUGAACCACUAUCCAAGAGAUUUUGUGAGCUGCUCUAAAAUCAAAAGUCUGGAUUUGUCAGCUUGGAAAGAAUAGACUCGACAUCAGAGCAGAAGGAUGAGACAGGAAGUGUGGGACAGGACCUUGAGUCUGCAUGGAGGACUUGGAAUCCAGGCGACUGUAGCCUCUUUUGCUCAUACUCUAAAACAGGGGUCUCCAACCUUGGCAACUUUAAGACUUGUGGACUUCAACUCCCAGAAUUCCUCAGCCAGCAAAGCUUAAAGUUGCCAAGGUUGGAGACCCCUGCUCUA